CUUACUGACUCUCUCGCUGCGGAUCACCAGGAUUCUGAAAUUUCCUGCUGCUGAGCAUUUUUACCCCCCGCUGAGUUUGAAACGAAUCAAACCGACUCUAGAUAGGAUUUGCGGUCGGACAAGAAUAGCCGUAAAUAUGUAUUGAAAUUUUGUUGUUAUGCUUUUUUUUUAGUAAGACUAAGAUGCAAAUAAUGACAAUCAAAACUGAUCUGGAUAUACGUCAAACGAUUGCGGAAGUGUCCUUGUGAUAAUUUAAUUUCUAUGAAGCCAUCGAGGGAGGAUCGAGUCAUGCGUUGGUGUCGGAACCGAACGAUUUGAUUGGCUGUUAGUACCUUUGACUCACAUCAGAGUCGUGACUUCAAGAGAAUGCUGACGCGAUGUCGUUUUUUAUCUUUUCCCAUGACGAUAAAUUGCUACUUAUAAAAAGCAAAACUGACUUAUCAAAGGCAAUCGGUAUAGAUACCAUCCACCAGCUAACGACCAUAGCGUGAACACUUGUUGCCCAUCCAUCUAAAACAGAGGUUUCACUGGUGGUUGGCCAAGAUCAACGCCACUAUCAUUGCUGUCCAAAAAGACGUUUCCCUUUUGAGGGACGACCAUGGGGGCAAGCAAAGAGAAUGGGAGAGGGGACUCUUUCGCGGCGAUACUGUAUGCCGAGCCCGGGGCCCUCGGGGUGAUCGCCAAUAUCAUGUCAGCUCUGGUUGUGGCGAUAGAGAAUAUGCUGACUGGGGCCCCGACAACUGUGGCACUUUCGCUGGCAGGAGUGCAUCUGAUCGUCAUUGGAGGUAUUCUCCAAGUGAUGGCCGCCUUCAUGUCGUUCCGACGAAAUGACCACCUGACGGCCACCGCCUUCGUCGUCUUUUCGGCCAUCUGGUCCAUCUACGGGAUAGGCCACCUUUUACAGCCUGUCCUGGGGCCCGAGGUGAUGCAGAGGGGCCUCUUGCCGGGAAUGAUAGCUUUCUGCGCCAUAGCCAUCGUUCUCUGUCUCUGCGCCUUAACUGUUAAUUAUAUUCUACCCCCUGUCCUGUUAGCACUGUUCCUUACUCUGGUCUUUGAAGGGGUGGGGCUGUUUUAUUUCUGGGGUAAGCGGGUGGCUGCGGCUUUCGAGCUUUUCAUAGUCUUAACGGGGUUAUACGCUGUCGUGGUGAUGACGCUUAAGGGCGUCAGCCAGAGAUACGUUUUACCAGGCUUUGGAAAUGCUCCGUACAACGUUCUGUUGAUCCGGGCCAAAGCCCAAGACAACAAAAAGAAAGAGAAAAAGAAAAACACGAAGUACGCUGAGCCGAUGGCGUUGGGUUACAUUGGCAACGUCGUGCCGGCCACCGUGCUCGCGUUCCAUCAUUUGGGUUACUUCACCGACUUCCGGCCUGCCGCCUCCAUGUUGCUUUUUAGCCUUCUCUGCCACAUGCUGGCCAGUUUCUACGCUUUCCUCCGCCACGAUUUCUUCCACUCCGUCCAGUUUAUCUGUUAUCUAAUGCUAUGGCUGUCUAAAGGUAUAACCCAGACCUUGAUAUCCUUGGAGUUUCACGGCAUAAUAGAAGCUCGGAUUAACUUCUAUGGCCAGUGGGGUUUAUUUCUGGUCUACUCCGCUCUCCUGGUAGGGUCUAUGUGCCAGGGGAAAGUCGUGUUCCUAUACAAUCUCCUCUUCCUAGUCAUGCUUCUUCUCUCUGUAGCACACAUCCCUAUUAACGUCUAUAACUUUACAUUCGGCAUCCCCUGCGCCAUUAUCGCCAUCGUGUCCUUGUACAUCGCUCUCGGCACUUUGGUCAACUCCAUAGCCGAGAAGGCAGUCAUGUAUACGGGGUCAGAGGUCGUGACCCAGGUCAGCUUGAGGUCAUAUUUUGAGAGGCUCACGGCAUGUUGCAGGAGUCAAAAGUUUCCAGAAAUCAAAGAGAUCGAAGAAGGACCGGAAAUGGAUAGCUACAUCGUGGAUACCAUCUCGUUCCUUGGCAACACGGUGGCCGCCAUUUGCAUGUCAACGUUCGAGGCGACGAACGGGACCGAAGCCCUGCCGUGGGUGCUGGUGGCAGGAGCUUUGAUACAGCUGUACGCUGGCAGACUGGCGUACGCCUCGGGCAGCCUGGCGAAGACCUACGUCACGGUGGUGCUGGCGGCCUACUGGGGAAUGUGGGCCCUUAUACUCAUCAAUGAGAACCUAUCGGCUUCGCUAAGGGCGGGGUCUGUAGCAGUCCUUAGUCUCCACACGAUCGUCAUGCUGGUUACCCUCGUGCUGAACAAGGUCUGGUUGCCGGUCUCCAUCCUGUUUGAGCUGAACGCCAUUUGUUUGGUCCUUCAGUGUUUCGAUGCUCUUCCACGCUACAUGUUGCUGGUGUCCAUGCUGCUCCUAGGUCUCGUGUGUUUUUACGGAGUUUUCGCCGGCAUGGUGAACGGGGUGCUUGGAAGCCAUAUUAUUCCAAUGGGAGAGCCAUUCAUUCAGGAGAGAGAUAAGGAUUUAGAAGAGCUGAACAAUGGUAAGACGGUGUGUCCUGCGUUCCCAUCACGGCGUACCACCAGUCUCAAGGCUAUCGCUAAGAUCCUGGACAACGGUGGGGUGUGUGGAGUGCCCACUGAUACAGUCUACGCUCUGGCCGCGUCUUGCAAACAUCCAACCUCCAUCAGGAACAUCUACAACAUCAAAGGGCGCCCUCCGGAGAAGCCCAUCUGCGUGUGCCUAUCCAAGCUGGACCAGCUCGCCGACGCAAACCCUGACUUCAGUCCAUUGCUCUGGGCCUUCAUGAGACGGUGUUAUCCAGGAGGAAUCAGCUGUGUGGUGCCCAAAGGCCAGUGGCUUAGGAACAUGGGACUGAACGACGCUGUAGAGUACAUUGGGACCAAGGAGAGCGUGUGUAUACGAGUCCCAGACAGUACGGUUCUGUCCCAUUUGGUGGGAAUGACUGGACCUGUGGCCAUCACGUCGGCGAACCCUAGCGGUGGGGCGGACAGCACUCACCAUGAUAUGGUGCUGGAAUCUUUGGGUCAUAAAAUAGACGGGAUGUUAUGUGAUGGGGAAUCGAACGAGCUAGUCGCCUCCACUGUGGUAAACUGUAUGAAGAUAGACCAAGGUGAGAUCUCCUUCUUCAGAAUCGGGUGCACUCCCAAAGAAAUUGUGGAAGCACAUUUCGAAGCUGCCAAAGCGGAAAUGAAGAACAAAAGUGCUUCAGUUGAUUUAGAUGGACGUGAAAACUUCAUUUUGUACUGAAUGAUUAUAAAAAAGCACAACAAAAUAUUCAGAACAGUGUGAUUGUUUCGACAGAUGAAAUAAACUAUUGUCGAUUUUUUUUCCAUCCAAAUAUCUAAGUCAACGUAGUUAUGAUAUGCCAUCAUUUCGGCGGAUCCUAGGGAAUCCAGGCUGGCAAGCCUCGUGUCUUGAAAAACAAAUUCUUCGACAACAUUCCAUGACUUGUCCAACAGUUAAGUAAAUUCACCUGCUUAUGAAUUAUAAGCCUUAAACUUUGACGUUUUUAGUAGAUUUUCUGUCUGAAAAAUGACAGCAAAAACACAAAACCUUUCAAAUCAGAUUUCCCCUAUCUUGCAACAAUAGUUUGGUGGUAACGCGAAGCAUUUACAUUUUGUUCUCUCGCCAAACACGUGUUAACUGUGGCAUAAUGGCAUAUUAAACGUCAAAAAUGUCCGCCACGACUGAACAACAGCUUGCUGAGCUUGGACCCGAUUUCGUUAACUGGGAAAGUUUGGUGCUUCUGUUUUCUUUACAUAUGUAUAGUUUGUUACAAAUACAUGGAGGGUUUAUCAAUUAACAUUCUCUUUGUAAGCAGGUCUAUGUUUUCAAAGCACAUUUUCUUGUGAUAUUAACUCUAAAUAUUCUGGUCAAUUUAUUACGUGUUUAAUUACUAUUUAAUUAUUUAUAAUGUAAUAAGCCCGUGGAGAUAAACGUUUACUGUUUAGCAGUGCAUUUGAUACUGGGGUUACUUGGUGGAAUAAUAUGAGUUUUCGUUGUUAUAAGAAAGAGAAAUAUAUUGUUGUAAAUUGUAAUUUAAAUACAUUAUAUUAUAUAAUGAAAGAAGAGGUGUUGAACUAAUCAUAUUUUAUACUCAUAUCAACUUUUAAUAUAACGCGUAUAUAUAAACAUUUUUAUAUCGAAGGCAUUAUGUUACCGUUUUACGCCUAUGCUGUAUAUAUUCCAUUAUUCGAUCAUUAAAAUAUGGUAUGA